UCCAUUCUGGUGACAGUAUGAAAACCAUACAUGCCGGAACGUCAAAGACGGCAACAGCACGGCGGGGCCCUGUUUGCCGUGGCUGCGAGCGGAAGGCGUUGACGGUGAAUGGCAUUGCGGCGCAUUCACGCAAUGCCCAUGCAAUUGACGGACGCAAUUCAGCAACACAGGAGCCUUCUGCUGGCCACGAUGCCGGCGCGCCAGGAUUCAGCGGCCGAGUCCCGGAACCCCUUCCACGCCAGCGGCGCGACCGGACUGAGGCUGCAGCUGAGCAGCAGCUAGGCAGCAGCUUGCCGCUUGGCGACGCCGCCCGCACCGCAUGGCGCGCCGCCCUCGCCAGUCUAGCCUCUGCGGUGGUGCUGCAGGGCUCCCUCAUGCCCGGCGCGCCGCCGCCGCUGCAGCCCCCACACAGCCCUGGCGGCGACGCCCGCUCCGCCGCCGCGCUGCUGCUACUGCUGACGCAGCCGCCGGCGGCGCUAGCCGCCGCUGACGGCAAUAGCACAAGCGGUGCUGCGUCCAAGAUGGAGCGGUUACGGCAGCUGGCAACGCCUGACGUGGCGGGGAUGAAGGAGGUGUCUGAGGAACUGGCGAGCAGGGAGGCGCCGCCAGGGGCGGUGGUGACGCCGGCGGCCGGGGGCAGUGGCGGCCGGGGCGGAGGCGGUGGCAAGCAGCAGCAGUCGGACCCCAAAUCAAAGCUCAAGGCUGCCGACCUGGCGGCGCUGCUGCGUGUGUCGCCCGCCACCGCCCAGUCGCUGCUGGCGUCGGAGCGCGAGCUGGGCCGCCUGUCAGUGGGCGCCGCCGCCGCCUCCUUCCAGGCAGCUGCGGAGCUCCUAGGCCUGUCCACACCCGCCUCUACAUCAUCAUCGUCAGCAGGAGCAGGAGCAGGAGCAGCGCCUUCGGCGCCGGGCGGGCUGACGCGGCAGGCGGAACGCGACCUGGCACUGGCGGGGCGGCUGCUGUCGCGGCAGCCACGGGUGCUGCUGGUGCCGGCGGCGGAGCUGAGGGCGAGGUUUGGGGAGCUGCAGUCGCUGCUGCUGGUGCCUGUGUCCACCGCCCGCAAGCUGGUGGCGGCCCAGCCGGGGCUGCUCAGCCACUCGCCCGAGGUGCUGCGGGCGCGGCUGAGCGGGCUGUGCGGCACAUUCAACGUGGACACACAGCUGGCCUCCCAGCUGGCGGUGCACGAGCCCGCGCUGCUGGCCGCCAACGCCGCCGAGCUGAGCGCCCGCGCGUCGGCCCUGGCUGCGGAGCUGGGGCUCACGCGGCCGCAGGUGGUGGCGGUGGUCCGGCGCCACCCGCGCGCACUGCUGGUCCCGGCCGACGCCAUGCGCUCGCGGCUGCGCAAGCUGGCGGAGGCGCUGGAGGUGCCGCGCGGUGCUGAGGGACUGGGCCGCGUGGUGCUCAACGCGCCCCGGCUGGUGCUGCUGGGCGAGGGCGAGGUGGACAAGGGGCUGGAGGGGCUGCGGGGGCUGCUCAAGAUCUCCCGGGACCGGGCCGUGGAGGUGGCGGCUGAGGUGCCGGCGCUGCUGACCUCGCCGGCGCCGGUGCUGGCGGAGCGCUUGAAGACGCUGGCGGAGCUGGCCGGGGUGCCGGCGGGGCAGAUGCGGGCGCUGGUGGCGGACAAGCCCUCGCUGCUGACCAAGACAAGCACCGCAAUGAAGCGCGCCGUGGCGGAGGCAGAGGCGGAGGAGGCGGGGGCGGAGGCGCAGGCGGGCAGGGGCAAGGGCGGCAGCAAGUGAUGCCAGUGUGGGGUUGUGUGGGCUAGGGCUGGGGCAUUGCGGUGCGGGCGGCGGUGUGCGUGCUUGGCUUCUGGUUGGCUUGCUAUGUAUUGGGGCGGAGGGCUGGGAGGGCUGCUGGCAGCUGCGCGUGUGGGCUGGUGAGGGUGGGUUGCAUGGUGUUUAUAUCACAUCAAGGGGCGCAUACAUAAUAAUUGUUAGGUGUCGUGGAGGUGAGGGGGAUGCUGGGUCAGACGAGUUGUUGUCGUCACCAUGGCAUCAAAAUAUCUGCACACGCGCCACCACCACCGCCGGAUGUGCGCUGCCGAGUGCGUGAAUCCACCACCUCCCUUAUAUUGCCCAAGGCACUCACCCAUCCUCGGCCGACGUGAUUUGUUCGCUCAAGAAUGUUUAGUCCAGCGAAGGCCAUGAAAGAAAGACGUGGUGUGCGGCACACGAGGAAGGGCCUGAUGGCUCCAUGUGGGUCUAAAACGCUGGCUGUCUGACGCUGCUCGGUUGGAUAGCCUGUCGCGGCCUCCUGUGCGGCGCGCCUGCAGUGUGGUCAUGCGUGUCUGGAUACGGGUGUUGCAAUUUGAAAUUGUGGAUGAGUACGGAGUCGUGUGUUUGGACCGGCGCUCUGGCGUCUGAGGCACACAUGGACGGUAGGUACGAGAUAUGCAUGGCUGACAAUAUUGUUGCCCGAAGUUCGCUGGAGUUGUUUCGUUCAGGGCAGACGCGUGGCCGUUGUUGCAAGUUGCAGAGGAGCUUGCGGUGACGAAGCUGCUGGAGGAGCUGAUGUGUGGUGUAUCCAGAGGAUAUGCGAUCCUGACAAAUAUGUAUCAUACAC